CUCUGGUACACAAUACGUUGCUACGCGUUUACGUUCAGGAACGUGGAGUUUUGUCUGCUAUGCUACAGAGCUACGCUCCGUGAUCGUUCAGUAGAUAUGGCCAGCAUGGACAUGGAUCCUGAACUGGCCUGCAGUCUGUUUGAGGAGGGGGCCACACUGGUUUUGUUGGGGGUGCCCGAGGGGUCGGAGCUGGGGAUCGAUUACAAGACCUGGCAGGUGGGUCCCAGGUUCCGAGGGGUCAAGAUGAUCCCACCGGGCCUGCACUUCCUGCACUACAGCGCUUCCAACAAGCCGGAGCAAGGAGGGGAGACUGGGCCUCGGACUGGGGUCUUCCUCUCUCUCAAAGCCCGAGACGUCCUGCUGGCUCACUGGGACAGCCAGCAAGAGGACCUGGACUUCUCCGCCUCCCAGAACGAGGAGGAAGUGGCCCGGGUGCGGGCUGGGCUGCGCGAUCUGGACCGCUUUCUGGGACCGUACCCCUACGACAUGCUUCGGAAGUGGGUCUCCCUGACGGACCGCGUCACCCAGGAGGUUGCACAACGCCUGCAGCCCCUGAAUGGCAAGAUCUGUGCCUUCAGCGAUGUGGUACCGGAACUGUCGUUGCCUCACACGGAAGAUCGGGUCCAGCAGAACCUCCCACGGUACGACAUCCAGUGCCAGAGCAUGCAGGAGGGUUUGGACAGGCUGCCUAAGAUGAAGCUGAGAGCCGGCACAGAGCUGCGCUUCUCAGAGAUCCCCAAACAGACCUACCCUGAGGGGGCCACACCUGCCCAAAUCACCCAGUACAGUAUGGACCUCAGUUAUGCCCUCAACAGCUUACUAGAACGCUACUACAAAGACGAGCCACUGCAAGUGCUGGGGGAGUUGCAGUUUGCAUUUGUGUGUUUCCUGAUUGGGAAUGUGUAUGAGAGCUUUGAGCACUGGAAAUGUCUUCUGAACCUGCUAUGCCGCUCUGAAGAGGCUAUACUCAACCACCGGAACCUGUACCUCCACCUCAUCCCUGUUCUCUACCACCAGCUGGGAGAGAUUCCCCCCGAUUUCUUUGUAGACAUCGUAUCCAAAGACAACUUUCUCACUUCCACCUUGCAGGAGUUCUUUUUGUUCACGAGUGGGCCUGGUGUGGACAGUGGUCUUCGGAAACGGGCUGAAAAGUUCAAAGUCUACCUGACCAAGAAGUUCCGGUGGGAUUUUGAGAUAGACCCCGAGGAAUGUGCCCCUGUGGUUGUAGAGCUGCCAGAAGGAGUGGCUCCAGAAUAAGGCUACCGUCUGGGACAGCCCAACAAGAGAGUCGAGCCAGGAUGUUGGGCAUAUCGGUGAGUUAUGGAUUCCUGACGGCACUGGAUUUUUUUUGGGAUUGAUCAACUGUGCUUGUAACAGAGACCUGUAGUGGAAUAGAGAAGUCUGGUUUCCAAAAAGAAAAGUGUGGGCUUGUUGGGAAUUUUGUAGAUAUUUUUUUAAUAACAUUUUGCUCUGUGGCACACAGAUGGACAGCACUCUGAGCAGAUCUCUGAAGAUAACCAUCUGUAUCACUUCUUGACAAGGAGACAGGUUUUUCAUUUCCUGAUUGGAUUUUGGAAGCUGUUCGGUGCUCUGUUUUGUUUCACAUAUGUGACUACAAAACGUAAAGACUUCUCAUGAUUUUGAAGUUUCUGCAACUACUGUGGUAUUUGGGGUGUGAAUGAAAUUAAAAAUUGAAUGAAAGUCUGAAGACUUAACGUUGACAUGGUCUCUAGAAAAUACAGAUCACAGGAAGACAUUAAACUCAUCUUUUGAUACUGGAAAAUAUCUCUCUUUUGUUCAAUUUAAUAAGUUUAUUUUAUUUUCUCUACUUCAUGAGUGAUACAAUUGUAGGUAGAUUUCAGAUUACUGCUUAUUGUAAUAUUUAAGUAUAAAAUGAUGUAAACAGCCAUAUACCCUGAAGAAGAAUAAGAUUGAUAUGAUCUAACAUUUUAAUCUAGUUUUUACUUUUCCAAUGGUAGUCCCAACUAACAGCAAGCAUUUCCAAAGCACUUAACCCCUUUUCUUACUCAUAUUAUAUUUUGCAUCAGAAGGAUUGUAACUGUUGUCUCAGUGAUUUGUGCUCAACACAAAAAAAUGAUUUCUGCUUAUAUCUCAGAAUCAAGACAUGGGAAUGUGGAGAAAAUGUCUGCUUGAGCAAACCGUAAGUUUGCAUGGAGUGCUGUUCAAGGAAUAAUGUCAUGAUACUUCUGUAGGUUUUAUCUACAAUACCAGCUGCCAUACACCUUACAAAGCCAUGCACUUGCCCAAUACCUCUUACUUACGCAACUCGCACGAAAUGAAAAGGAAGAAAUUCUAUUUUUUGCCCCCUAUUGUUGCAGAUUGUAAAGACAUGAUCAGGAAUGUUCCCUUUAAUAAAAUAUUUUAUCAUCUUAA